AGUGUAGACCUGGAUGACCACCACAGACCUCAGUUUAGAAGAGUUUUUAGUUCUUCCCUCAUUGAAAAUGGGCAUCUGUCUUCAUCAGGUCAGGCAAAAGUCUCCCAUGAACUGCCUUCUUUUCACAUGUCAGACUCUUCCCCUGAAGCCCAUGCCCCUGCAGUCACCUUACAGAUGCCACACCUUCCCGUUACUGCAGUAACUAGGAUAUCGGAGAAGUUUUCAGGAGAGACCACCAGUUCAGCUGAAACAGCCAAUUCAUCUGCUGGCCUGCUGGGACAGAGCAAGAGCAAAAAUGAGAUGGCAGUGAAAACUGCCAACCAGUCAGAGAAUGCCACUUCUGUCACUAAGUCUGUCUCCACUGUGAGCUGUGAGAUGAGUAGUGGAACUGAAACUGGUGAAAGUGCCACUGAGAGUUACUGCGAUGUGACCCCUGGCUCUACCUCCUCUCCUCCCACUGUGCAUCGCCAGGUUGAAAGGAGGAGAGAACUGGUGCGGUCUCAGACGCUCCCACGGAUUACAGGAACACAGGCCAGGAAAGCACUUUUCGAGAGAUUUGAAUACGAUGGUGGAAAAGGAAAAGGAGAAUCCAGAGCUAAGCUGAAGAGGUCGCAGAGUUUUGGGGUUGCCAGUGCUAGCAGCAUUAAACAAAUUCUGCUGGACUGGUGUCGCUCAAAAACCAUAGGAUACAAGCACAUUGAUCUCCAGAACUUCUCCUCAAGCUGGAACGAUGGGAUGGCAUUCUGUGCUCUCGUGCACUCUUUCUUUCCUGAAGCUUUUGAUUAUAAUAAGCUUGACCCAGCUAAUCGCAAGCAGAACUUUGAGCUGGCCUUCACCAUGGCUGAGAAAAUGGCUCACUGUGAUCGUCUGAUAGAAGUGGAUGACAUGAUGGUGAUGGGUCACAAGCCAGAUCCCAUGUGUGUCUUCACCUAUGUUCAGUCUCUAUACAAUCAUCUACGAUGCUUUGAAUAAAACCAUCGACAUCUCUCCAGCCAGAAGGGUCAAGUACAGUGUGCUAAUGGGAAAAGUGACAUUUUGCAAAU